CUUUACGAUCUCCGCUGCCCCGCGGGCUGCAAUUAGCUUAAUUAAGCGAGGCUGUGACCCAACGCGCCGGGCCGGGAGACACGCUCAUCGUGGAGGAGGACACGUCCAAGCCCAGCGCCGGCUCUCCAGUCGUGGCCAAGAGGAUGAUGGCGGUGAGGGAAGCGGUUCCCGUGCUGGCCAGGAGGGUGGUACCAGCUGACAACUCGUGUCUGUUCACCAGCGUGUACUACGUGGUGGAGGGAGGUGUGUACGACCCCGGUUGUGCCCCGGAGAUGCGCAGCCUCAUUGCACAGAUCGUAGCCAGCGACCCCGAGGCGUAUUGUGAGGCAGUGCUGGGGAAAACCAACAGGGAAUACUGCGACUGGAUCCGGAGAGAGGAAACCUGGGGGGGAGCCAUCGAGGUUUCCAUUUUAUCGAAGUUUUAUCAGUGUGAAAUCUGUGUGGUGGACACGCAGACGGUCAGAAUCGAUCGUUUCGGGGAGGAUGCCGGGUACACCAAGCGGGUCCUGUUGAUCUACGAUGGGAUUCAUUAUGAUCCCCUCGAGCGUAAAAUCCCCGACUCGGACGUUCCUCCCCAGACCAUUUUCUCUACCACUGAUGAUGUUGUUCUCGCACAAGCCUUGGAGCUAGCAGACGAAGCCAGACGGAAGAGGCAGUUCACUGAUGUGAAUCGCUUCACGCUGAGGUGCAUGGUGUGCCAGAAGGGACUGACGGGACAAGUGGAAGCCAGAGAACACGCCAAGGAGACGGGACACACCAACUUUGGGGAGGUGUGACAACCUGCAUGAGGAUGGUUACAUCUACUACCUCACUCAUCCGGAAUCAAAUUCUGGAUUUCCAGAUAAGCUGUAUGUAAUCACAAAAUUCCGUUCACAGAGCUUGAAAAGCGUAUUAACGAUGGCCAAGACGCACAGGUUUGUGGGGUUAGUGACUUUUCCAACUGAUUUGAAAUAGGUUGUCUUCUCGCAUGCUAAUUUAGAGUCAUUUGGCAGGUGAAAUACACUGGCAGCUAAAACCUGAUGUCUGAAAUAAUCUUCUCUUUGUGUGUAUGUGUGCUCUGAGUGGCCAUACAGAACCAGGCUCGUUCAAUACUAGUGUAAAAAGCGAGCCUCUAAAUUACUGAAUUAAUCUAUUAGUAUUAUGUUUUCAGGGUAAUUAAAUUAAGGGUUUAGGAAAUGUGUGUAUCAGCACUAUUUAUACUAAAAAAAUAGACUCUGCGCAUAGAAGCAGCCCUUCUGCUGCUCACAGGGUGCACGGUUUUUAGUGGAAAGAGCAUCCCUAAAGCUGCCCUACACUAUGUUACUAUCAGAAGUAGAAUGUAUUGUUUGUGUGAAGUCACGGCUUUAGAGAAAGAAGUGGCCUUUAAGCUUUAAGAUAGCCUUCUUAAAAUUAACGAGUAGGUGGUUAAGUGUUGAAUAAACUUAUUAAUCCUCCAUAGGUAGUUUUUAGUUGCUUGGAAAAUAACUAUCAGCCCCUUGGUGUUUACACUGCAUCGGAACAUAGGCAUGUUACUGGGAAUACUUGGGUUCUUAACAAUAUCUCGAAGUCUGGCAGGAGGGAAAUACAGUAAUUAGGGAAGUAUCUUAAUUUGCAUCUGUUUAAUACAUUGGAAUGGUCUUUAUUUGGCUGUAGCUGAUCUCACGGCCACAGUGUUACUAAGCUGUAGCAGAUUCCAAAUACUGUAAAUUAGCACUUUAAGGUAUAGUUCUCAGUUGUUUUUGCUGGUAAGAAGUCUUACCCUUUUCAGAAGGACAGAGUAGUGAUCCAGAAGGGAGGCUCGAGGUCUCUUCAUCUGCAUUCUGCCUUAACGUGUUUGAUUUGUCACGGAUGACUGUGGAGGAGCAAGACUUUAAUUCGGAUAAUGAAGGAUGCAGUUGAACUGUCAGAACAAAACAAGCUGGGUGAAGCGCCCUACUUCUCAUACUGCUCAGAAUCAGGGAAGGUGGAAUUGAUUUCAUCAAUCUUAACUCACAGCAAAGUUGUGAGCUUAACAGUAAGUGCUUUGAGGUCUUUUAAAAGGUGCUGUAUAGGUGCGUAGUACUGAAGGGGAUUUAUUUUUUCCUUUGAAAUGCCUGUAAUACAUUUGUUUUAAGGAAUUUUACAACGUUCUUAGCCUUCUAUCACUCUGUUUCAAGUUACCUCUCUUGCUCUUCUACAAACGGGGAGCAGGAACGUGCAUCUUCAGUUUGAGGCAGAAACAAACCCGCUUUCCAAAUGGAAUCAAUCUUAGUUUUAAAGGCCUCCGUUCAGUGAGGCACGUAGCUGAACUCCUGCUGCAGAAAAUCCUGUUUUCUGUAAGCAGCAAAUUUCAUUGAGGUUCUCAGCUGAAUUGGACUUUGAAAUACUGAGGGGAUCUCACAGGAAACAGAGCAAAAUUGUGCGAGUGCUCUGCUAAAUCGAGGCAAGAAUAAUUAAGGAUAAAGAAUAGAAUUGCCAAAAGCACUAUGGACCAGUUUUCAUUUUAUCUCAGUAUUAAAAUACGUGUUCACACUGUUGGGAGUUUCCAAUAGAAAACCACUUAGCUUCCAGUGUUAAACCACACUUUGCUUUUCAUCCAUCAUGAGAAAAAACAAAUCAUUACCAACAGCCCUCGAGAAGCUGACGCUUAUGAACCUAAAGAGGGAACUUGAAGAUUACACUGAUACAACGACUUGAGACAAAAUGCUGUCUAGGAAUGAGACCAAGAGACUGUCGACCCUAAAUCACGUUCUCAGCUUUCACACUGAAGAGGUGAGGUGCCUGGGACAAGGAGCUGUUCCUCACCAUUUGCCAUCUGUUACAUGGACAAUACCUACCUCAGAGAGGUGUACUUUGGGUGUCUUUGAAACAAAAGUGCUGUAGAAGAGGAAGAUACGUAUUUAUUGUCUGCCACGUUUGCAACGGCGUGGAACUUUUGGGAGCAAUUUUUUAGCUUUGUAUCUUGGGUGGAUUUCUGAAAGCGCGUCCAAAUACUUUUGGGGAAUUAUUUCUCAGUUGCAGUAUUUUUAAAUUUAAAAUGAGGUGUAUUGAAUCUGGAGUGUUUAGCUUUGCUUUAUCAUGUCUGCAUAGCAAAUCCACUAACAGGGCAGGAGUUCCGUGUGAGGGAGAUGCCUCAGUGUCACCGCUUGGAUGUUUUAUUUAGUUGCCUAGAAAAUAAAAUCCCUUUGGUUUACAAAAUAUCAACGGGACAGCUGUAAUUUGUGUUUGUAAACGCUGAUAUUGUUACAUGCUGACAAAUUGUUUCAAAGAGCAAAUAACUGGGGAUGUGGACAGAGCUGGAGGAGCUCCUGAACUACAUUAAAAUGGGGAGUUGUACUUGUAAAAGAAUGGAACAUUAGGGGUUUUUUAAUAUCUUUUUAGCAGUGUUUGUCUGCCCUUAAUGAUACAGCUUUGGAAGUGCCACAAUAAUGGGAUCCUGGCAGCAGUGGGGUGAAUUUCUGAGCGUCACUGAUACGUUUGCACUGAACUGUUAUUAGUUACAGAUAUUUUAGAAUUGACGUGUUGUGGGCUCAGGUGGUGGCAGGCAGCCUGUACCCAUCCACAAAGCCUGCAAGCUGUGGGUGUGUGUCCUUACCAGUGCCACUUAUUCCCAUACAGAUUGAAAUUAAACACCAAUUUCCUCACUGAACGCUUCAGCACAGAGGUCAGCAGUUACUCAGGCCCUGGAAAAUGAAAUUCUUACUUCAGAGGCAGGCUUGGUAGAAGCUGCAUUGUUCAUGUUGGCUUCCUUGCCUGUACUAGAUCUUAAUUAAGUGAAGAACUUCAGUUUCCCAGUGUCUGCCUGGCCACUUCACCAGCACUAAAAUCCUUCCUUAAAUAAGAAGAGCCUGACACCUGCAUCACGUGGCCUUUUACAAACACUGUAUUGUAGGACGAGAUGCACAUCUCAUGGAUUUAACAGCACUUUAAAAGUUGGUCUGAGUUUACAUGCUCAGCAGAUACCGAGCGAGGACUUUGCUAUGUCAGCAGCGCGUCCCCAUUGCAGCAGAGCAAAUGGUGUUAGCAAGUGAUUCUCAAGUCUUAAUUACCACUGUAAUACAACGUUCCACUUCAUGUACCAUCAGUACAGACCAUUUGGAAUGAUAUAUUUCCUUAAACACGUAACUUGAACUGCAAAAAUUGUUGAUGCACCAAUAAACGUGACUGAUGCAUGCA